CUGCAAGUGAUUUCAUAGUUGCUGCCCACUAUGGUGCUGAACCCGACUUAUUUGGCACAGCGGACGCGCUCAUCCGUCAAUUGGGGAGAUGCAAAAAAGAGAGUAUUGAAGUCAUAUCGGGAAUGGCUUAGGGCGUCGCCUGAGAUCCAAACAAUGUACUCGCUCAACAUUCCCGUCUCCGCUAUCCGUACAAAGAUCCGACAGGAGUUUGAACGCCAUCGAUACGUUAACCAGUUAGCCGCUGUCGAUGUGCUUCUAUUCCAGAGCCAUGCUGAAUAUCAGGAAACUCUGAAUUACUGGAAGCAGCUCUCUCAUGUGAUGAAAUACUUCCGUGUUGAGGAGGAUCCAACGGCAAAGCUCCCCAAAAACUUCAUGCAGGGCUUUCUAGAAGGUCGGAAUUGAAGUACUCUUCUGCGUUCUGCCUCUUACUUCUAUCUCCUUUGGGGUUUCUCUUCGCGUACCAUAGAAUGUACAUAUGUUCAAUCACGCAAUGCACUUGAUAUGAUUCGGUUCA